AACCGCGAUCGACCCAAGCCGGUUCGCUGCCUUGCCCACAAUCCAAAGAGGAGAAGUUUCACUCUGCCGACUGCCAUGGAAGGGAAGAAGGGGAAGAAGGGUUACGUGUGGGCAAUUUCAGCCGGCUUCAACGCUGCUUUAGCCGCCAUUGCCGCGAAGCUUUUCUCCUCUACGUUAAUUAGGUUUGGACUGGUAAUAGCGUUCAACUUGGCAAUGUGGGGAUGUUUUGUCAAUAGCUUAAAAGCUCUGUCUUCAUUGCAAGCUACAGGGACAAACUUUUCAACCAACUUUCUUUGUUCCGGUCUAGCUGGUUUCUUUUUAUUUGAAGAAGCAUUAUCGUUUCAGUGGUUUGUAGGUGCCUUAUUGAUCGUAAUUGGCGUGCUGAUCCUGAAUAAGUCGAGCAUUGAGAAGAAAGAAAACAAGGACUAGACUUUGGGACGUAGAAUCAGCAGUAGCAGGAUUCACUUUGAUCUUAAUUUGUCAUCAAUCAUUUCAUCACAUAGCAUUGCAUUUCAACUUGCAAAUCUUCUCUGGUUCUUGGAAGCAACGUGCGAUUGAUUUACUAUGAGUCUGAAAUCGAGUCGAGGCAAUCGAAUUUACGGCCGGGCCAGCUCCAUCAACAUCGGACAUUGCUCUCAAAAUGCAGGUAAAUCAACCAGUAGUUUCAUAUGGUGUUAGCUCAAGUUCUCGAGAUAUUUUAAAAAUGUUUAUCCUGUUUGGAAAGAGAGAAUUAAAAUGAAAGUAAUUAAAGUCAUGUUGAUUUGAUU